UUCAGAUCAUGAGACUGCUGCUGGAUUUUCACUUCACGUUCAGACCACAGAGUAGUCUUGCGAAUCGAAAUCCUCAUCCAGUUGUUAAAUAGGGAUGAGUUCCUUUCAUCAUGAGUUCCUUUCAUCAUGAGGUGCCGCUUUUCUUAAACCUGAUCAGCCUUGUUUCAGGGCUGCAGUUUGCAACUUCACCUUUUUCCCAUGUGCCUUUCCUCACUGUGUGGAACGCUCCUACUGCCAGCUGUCUCUCUCAAUAUGGCGUGGACCUCGACUUGGGCACGUUCAGCAUCGUCCAGAACAAGAACCAGACCUUUAUGGGCGAAAACAUAACAAUCUUUUACUCUGAAAAGCUCGGCCUGUAUCCCAGGUACACCAGUCAAGCGGUGGCUGUCAAUGGCGGGGUGCCGCAGAACGCCAGUCUCGAUGAACACCUCAGAGUGGCCUCUGACAAUAUCCGCACCUGGAUCCCUGACGGGGAUUUUCAGGGUCUGGCUGUGGUGGACUGGGAGAGCUGGAGACCUGUAUGGGAGAGAAACUGGGACAGUAAGCAGGUGUACUGGGUGGGAUCAAAAGCACUGGUGAGGUCCAGGCAUCCCGACUGGAGCCCUGCGCAGGUAGACGCUGCCGCUCGGGUAGAGUUUGAGAAAGCUGGGAGGAAGUUCAUGGAGGAAACGCUGAAACUCGGGCAGCAGGAGAGACCAAAUGGGCUGUGGGGUUAUUAUGGUUUUCCCAACUGCUACAACUACUACAGUGACAAAAGCACAAACUACACGGGGGAGUGUCCUCCUGCAGAGCUAAAGAAGAACGACGAGCUGUCGUGGUUGUGGAACAUCUCCUCUGCUCUUUAUCCUGACAUCUACCUCAGCCUCGAGCUGCGACACCUCGACAGAGAGGUGCUCCUCUACACCCACCACCGCAUCCUGGAGGCCAUGAGAGCAGGAGCUCUGCUGACUCCAUCAGCACCGCCUGUGUUCCCGUACGCUCGCAUCGUUUACACAUACACGUUAGAUUUCCUCUCUCAGGAGCACCUGGUCUACACCAUCGGAGAGAGUGCUGCUUUAGGAUCUGCUGGGGUGGUGCUUUGGGGCGACCAUGCCCUCUCCAAAUCUCAGGUCAUUUGUAAUACUAUCAGAUCCUACAUCGAUGACACUCUGGGUCCUUACCUGGUGAACGUAACGGCGGCGGCCGUUCUUUGCAGCCAGACCAUUUGUUCCUCUCAGGGAAGAUGCCAGAGGAGGAACCCGACCUCGAAGGUCUACCUCCACCUGGAACCUGCCGCGUGGAAGGUGGUGUCUGAGAAGAAACCAGGCAGACGGCAGAACUACAGCGUUAUAGGACAGAUGAGAACACUCGAGGUAAUGUUCUUGAAGUCUGAGUUUCAGUGCAAGUGUUACCCAGGGUGGGGCGGUGAGAGCUGCUCCAAAACAAUUCAGGGAUAAAAGACUUUGCUGGAGGGAAAAUGUUUGUGUUUUCUACCUUUUCCUUGAUUUACAUGGGAGAUGAUUUGGAUUAAAUCCCCAUUUAACAAUUGAAGCAGACUAAUGAUGUAAUACUAUACUAAUUAAGGAAUGUUGUUUAAUUGCAUAAAAUGUGUCUGAUGGUUUUACCAUCAGAGUUGCAGAUAUCAGCCUAAAACUGUCUGACCUUUCACUCUCAAAGUCCCCCUCCACUCAAAGUUUAGCUUAUUGUUACUUCACUAUGAUGUUUGAGCUUCACUGUGCAGUAUGCUGUGUGUGCAGGGUUUGACACUAGAAAACACUGAAGACGUUUGUCCAUGCUAACAUUAAAUCUGAGUUGAAUUUGUGUAUGUAGAGCAGGAUUUCGGGUCAGCUUACACAAGUGUGAUGUGGAAACUUGAAACCUCCAGUACACAAACACAGAAGCUGCAACGCAAGUCGCAUACUUUUUCUUUUUACUUUUAGUACAUACUACAGCCGCCCUUACAAAGUACACACUGUUGCAUGCAGUUUGCAUUCAACUGUGACACACUACUUCCUCAUAACAUGGCAAAGGACUAUGGGUCAGAAUAGCUACAAAAGCAUGAUGAUGUGCAUACUGCGAAAUGCGACUGGAUGUAGUCAGACUUCCUGGUAUUUCUGUCAUACUGCAUUUGACAUAUUAUGUAUCAAAAUCUUUUUCUGGCAUACUAAAUAUAUGGUAGUAUGGGUAUUGUAACUCACAGUGAGAACGGACUUUACAGUGAAGUAGAAGACAUCUUUUGUCCAGCAAGUUGAACUUUUGAAAUUACCAAUAUUUGCACAUUCAUAGAUUCUGGAUUGUUUACAAUGAUUGUUAAGUAGUAAAUUCUACUUAUUUUGUGGAACAUAUUUCUCAAAUAAUAAAGAGUAUUUCAGUAUUAAAGUGUGUCUGGAGGAUGUCUUUAAUAUUACCAUUGUUGGGAGUUUAGUUAUCAAGUAAACACAACUUACAGUUUUUUUGAAAUUGCAAAACUACAAUUUCUGAAACUAGGGCCCUCUCCUCUCUCUACACACAAAACCAAAAACAUAUAUAAUGCAUAACGUCGUUUUUUUUAUGCAAAAGUAAACACUUAAUUCAAAACUAUAUAAACUUAAUAUUAAGGUAGGAACUCUCACUCAGGUGACAGGUGUUGCUGCACGGAGGAGGAGCACAAGCAGUUUUCUGGCCGUCACAUGUUGCAAGGUAAACGCUGCGUUGUUUUUCUAAUAAUGUGUAGUUUGGCUUCAUGGAGAUUUAUGGAUUCUUGCAUGUAACAUGUUGAAGACCAUGGACGGUGAGCAAUAAAUAUUGCAUCAAAGACAAAGACGCAUUAGUUUUACUCUUGUUAUUUAGGGUUAACUAGCUACGUCAAUUAACCUCAGCCUGUUGAUGCCCCGCCCCUCAGUGGUUUUGAGUUUAGAUUUAACCGCUACUUUAUGCCUCUGCUAUUCUACAUUUCAGUGUGACAUAUACUGUGAAAGCGACCUACUUUACAGUUACACAGAAGUUAUCCAAAAAUAUAUAUUCUAGGAAUCAAACUACUAAAGUAAAGGACCAGCUGUUUUGUUUGCCAGUUUAGUAAACACCAGAUGUAAUCCACAUGUUGUAGCGGUGUUGACCAGCAGGUGGUGCUGUUGGACAGCUAACUAGAAGAGAUGUAGCCGACAUCAAGGUCAGAGCUCUGGCUGUUAAUAUUAAUCACAAGAAGAGUCAAAUCACCGCAGAGUAAUAAACAUAUUUAACUUGGUAUGUCAGAUUCUGAUAACUUUCCACCCCGAGUCUGCAGCCGCUGAAGUGUUCAUGAUGAUGUAACUGUAACACAGAGAGAGCACAAGGUGACCUCGAUUGUACACACCACUUGUAAAUCAAUGUCUUUAUCUGAUGGCCACCGCUGCUCCAAACUGGUGUCGUUGGUAGUAAUUUCCUUCCUCUGUCCCCGGAGGACAGACUCCCACGAGGCCCCGCUGUUUCCUACUUCCGGCUUUAUCAUCACUUGCUGGAUUGUGAGGAAAUAAGCAGGAGACAGACAUCUUUUUUUUUUACAUAUAAAGCCGGUGAGCUUUUUUAAAAAAAUGUAAUUUUAGUCUUUGGUGUUGAUUGUUUAUUUUCUUGAACCAGACAAACUGCUCAAUUGGCUUCCAAAGACCGAGGACAGAAUUUAAUGUCUAAGCUAAAACACCGUAUUUACCUGCCAUUACGUGAUAAUGGCAGGAAAAAAUACACAACAAGGCUCUCAUACUGAUUGACAUUAAAUGCUGCUUGUCAGUCUGUUCGUUAUUAUUAUUGUCUUCACCCAGGCGGCUUAAAAUCCAACUCCCUCUGUCCAAAUACAGAGCAGGAAUUAUAAUAAUGAUGUGUUUUAAUCGGCUUGGGUUUAUUAAAGUUUUUGUUUUGUUUGCAAUAUUAAAAUCAUAUUCAAAAUGUCACAGUUAAAAUGUUCCCCCUGUGUUUGCACAUUUAGACCAUGAACGCCCAAAAAGCAAAACUUGUACUUGACGUGUUACAACAGGUUGAAAUAUAAACUGCUGUAAAAUGUAUAUAACACGGUGAAUUUGACACAAUUUGAGCAGCCUUUUUUAAAAUAUCACAAACUAUAGAAUUACCUUUCAAUGUCAUAAUACUUUCAUAUACUACCAGUCUGAUCCGUUUAUCUGGUUUGAAUGUUCUUCUUUUUUCCUCCUCCCUCUGUCAGGUGUGGCAGGCCCUCUAUUUCUCUAUCCUCUCAUCUCUGCAUUUCUUCAUUUUGGCGUCUCGCUCUGUCACCCCUCCGUGGUCACGUCUCCCCUUUCCCUGCUGCUCAGUCUAGAGAUCGUCUCGCUUGCUCUUGGUUUAAUAACUGUUUUGUCACGCUCUGGGUCUUUGUCCUUCAGAGGAUUCGACUCUGAUCAGGUUUCUUAAAGAUCUGAUGCGCACUUGUUUGCAUGAUUUAUGUGCGUACAUGUCACCAAAAGUCGCGUGCAUCGAUCAGGCUAUUAAAUGUGUAGUUCAAAGGAGUAGUUCGACAUUCACUUGUUUACUUUCUUGCUGAGAGUUGGGUAGGAAUAUCGAUGUCACUCUCAUAUCUGUCGAAAUAUGCAGCUACAACAGUAGAUGGUUAGCUUAGCUUUGCCCAAAGACUGGAAACAGGGGGAAACUCUUAGCCUGGCUCUGUCUAAAGGACAAAAAGAUGAUGUUAUUGAGCCACAAAGUACAGAUCGCUGUUCAUUUCCUGUUUCAUAUCAGUCGACUAUAUGGGACCUUACAUAGUGGAGUAUGAUUGGUCAACUCUUGCCUACAAUCAACUGAUCGUCAAAUCAUGUCUCAUUUUUCCCCCUUGUUUGAACUUUAUGUAUCUAAAGAAAAAUAGUCUAAACAAAUUAUUGGCCGAGAUUCAUGUUACUGUCAGUCAGCUGUU